AACAAUAACUUCCUAAUUAAUUGAAAAUUCUUUUUUCGGUAUUCCUAAUUAUGAGAAGUUUAUUAAUCAUACAAAAAUUUUUUUUAUUUUAAAAAUUAUUCCGUUUAUUUGAAGGUUAUUUUAAAAAAAUUUACUUCUCCUAAAAUUAAAUUGACAAGACAGGUACAGUCAAUUUAUAGCAUGUGCAAUGUUGUUAAUAAUAUUUCUGAGUUCUUGUGAAUUAUUUCAUAAAUUUUUUGAUAUAUUUUUUUUAUUUUGAUCAAUUAAAAAUGCCUUCAGUGAAUAAUCUUUAAAGUUCUCAAUUAUUAUGCUGAAUACAUCGAUACGACGGUGAUAAUAAAUAUAUCAAAAUGGAUUAUGAGUAUAUGCCGAUCCAAAAGGAGCGAGACAUUCACAAUCGAUGUUGUGGAGGAAAAUUUUGGUGUAUUAAGGAUAUAUGCGGAAUAAUAUGCGCUAUUUUAACCUGGCUUCUAAUCAUUUAUGCAGAGUUUGUUGUGAUGGCAGUGAUUUUAAUUCCAAGUAUUACUACACUGUAUUCAAGUUUUAAUAUGGCAUUGUUUCAAACACUAGCAUUCCUUGCUUUUGCAUCACAUUUAAAGACUAUGUUUACCGAUCCAGGUGCUGUACCUAAGGGAAAUGCAACGAAAGAAAUGCUCCAACAAAUGGGAUUUAGAGGUGGCCAAGUAAUUUUUAAAUGCCCAAGGUGUUGUUCGAUUAAACCUGAUCGUGCUCAUCAUUGCUCUGUUUGUCAAAGAUGCAUAAGAAAAAUGGAUCAUCAUUGCCCAUGGGUUAACAAUUGUGUUGGAGAGAAUAAUCAAAAAUAUUUUGUUCUUUUUACAUUUUAUAUCGCGGGAAUAUCAUUGCAAUCUCUUUUUUUGUGUAUUCAACAAUUUACCACUUGCGUCCGACAAGAAUGGCGUGAUUGUUCAACGUUUAGUCCGCCUGCAACAGUUAUAUUAUUAAUGUUCUUAACAUUUGAAGCUCUUCUUUUUGCUAUCUUCACUGCUGUUAUGUUAGGAACGCAACUGCAAGCUAUUUGGAAUGAUGAAACGGGCAUUGAACAAUUGAAAAAAGAAGAAGCACGUUGGGUUCGUAAUAGUCGAUGGAAAUCUAUUCAGGCUGUAUUUGGAAGAUUUUCUAUUGCUUGGUUUUCUCCAUUUACGUCGCCGCCAAAUGCCAAAACUAAAAUAGACUCUUAUUUAUAUUCUGUUUAAUUUAUUUAAAACUUUCUUUUGAAGAGAACGAGAUGUACAUAUAGAAAUUAGUUUACAAAAAAGUAAUCAAGACAAUGACAGCAAUUACGUUAGUUUUCUACUUUUUUAAUUUUUUUAGUUAAGACAUCACAAAAGUGAAAUAAUUCAGGGAUUUGAUAUGUUUUCAUACAGAAUUUUUGAAAAGUAGAAACAUAGACAUUCUUAAACAAAAAAUACGUAUGAUUGAAGCAUAACAUGAAUAUAUACUCGAAAGUCAAUUUUACGUAUUUAAAUGAGUAAACUAAGUAAAAAUGAAUUGAAAGUAGAUGGAGAUAAUGAAAUGAAGAACAAAAAAAUAUAAUUUAUAGAUAAAAUAUUUAAACACAAACGUAAUAAAUAAAUGGUAUAUUAUGAUUAUUUAAUGUCAAAUUGACCUUAUCUAUCGCAACGGAUACAUAAUUAAGCAAUAGUGGACAAACCAUGAAAAAAUAAUGACAGUGCCUUGUGAGGUUUUUAUUCUUUAUCAAAAACAAUUCAUCUCUAAAAAUAUUACUUUAGCUCUACAAAUUUUUUAAUCUAAGUGGCAUGUUUUAUGAAACAAAACUUAUAGCGAAUAUUUGAAUAUUAAAAUUUUUAUUACAACUUGCAUAUUUAACACACUUAUUUGUAACACUGUCAUAAGCAUAACUAAUUGAUUAAAUAAUUUAUUUUUACUUUCUAAGAUUACUAAGAUAAAAAAGAGUAACAUUCCAUAAAUAUCUUCCGUUUACAAAGUACAAAAGAGUACAUGUUCAACCUGGUUUGUUGAUGUUGACAAAUAAAUUAGAACAAAAAAAAUAUAAUUACAACAAUUAUAUCGCUUAAUUCCAGGCAGUACUUAUUAUCACUGAGUGAUACAUAGAAUAUAUUGAGUGUGUCAUUGUAAACAUCAAUUGUGCAAUUUUUUGUAUAUUUUAAAUUAAUUAACACAGGGAUAAAAAUGUUUUAAAAAUA